AUGAACAAGCAGGAAAAUAUGCACAAAUGGAAGAAAUUGACAACUAUCACUUUUUGGGAUCAGCCAAUCGACAGGGCACAAAUUAGAGGCUUACUCAAAAAGCGACCGAACCUACAUAUCGAUCAGUUGCAGACGCCCAGCGCCGAAGUAGUGAAAUCGCUCACGGAUGCCGGCAUCUCACCUUCCAACAAGGAACUAUCAGAUACGGCAAUUACCGAGGAGUUUGCUAAAGCAUCACAAAUCGUGCCCGUUAUAUCUUUCUGGAGAAACGGCAAGGUUAGAGGCCCAGACAUGGCGGAUUUGGUGCGAUUAGAACAGACUCGGUUGGACGCUAUCCGGCGGUGUAAGGCUGAGCUUCAAGCUUGGGCUGAGUAUGAGGCAGAGUCAGAACUUGAGGUGGAGGCUGAAAAGAUCCCUGAAGAACCAGAGAGUUCUAGAAAGCGGACUCUAGACCCGGCCUCUCCAUCAUCACCACGGCCAGCUCGAAAGGUCGCAAGACGGGAAGUUUCCGAUCUCCGUCACGAAGAAGAUGCAAAGCAGGCCGACAGGACGAGUAGCACGAACGUCAAUGAAGCGUCAUCAAGUAUGGAAAACACCUCUGGGAACGCCAACGCAGGCAGCAGCUCUGACGGAAGCGCCUUGACUAAGAGCGUCAUCAAAGAAGAACCUUUGGUCGAGGAUGACUUCGGAGUGAACUACGAGGCAGCCGAAACCCAUGGAGGAGAUGCAUUGGAUGAGGAGGAGGAUGCUAUGAUGAGGACUGUAAUCAAGAGAGACGAUAGUGUAUGA